GUUUUCGAAUGAAUCACUCGUUCCAUUCAUCAUCAAUCACCAGAAAAAAAAUAAAAGUCGUCUGUCACGAAGAAUUUAUUUCACUGUGUAAUAUUAUUUUUUGUUUGCUAAAUAAUUAUUAGAUUUGUUAAUAAAUUUAAUUUUUAGCUUUUUCUCAUAAACCAAAUGUUCGUAACAAACAGUUUUGCGUCGAUACGUGAUCGUCUACGUAACUUUAUUUACUCCGUCAUCGUGUGACCGUGUUCUCUGCUUCGCAUUAUCUUGAAUUUUUUUCCAAACAUUUCCGUGGAGUGCGAUGUUGUGCAGAUAGUUUGUGUGUGCCGCGAGUGUGAAAUGUCACAACAUGGAUGCCCUGAGAGACUGUCGAGCAGGUCGAAGGGGUUCCCGGACGAGGGUGGUAGCCAACCAACGAUGGAAGUUUUGGUGGAGACACUCACUGGGACGGCUUUCGAAAUGACCGUGUCGCCGUCGGACACCAUAUACGCGAUCAAGUCGAAGAUAUUCAGAGUGGAAGGUAUCCCAGUGGCCUCGCAGCAUCUACUAUACAAGAUGAAAGAGCUGGAAGACUGGACGUCUUUGGGGGACCACGCGAUCGGAGACGGUGCGCGGCUGCGUCUCGUGCUGGGCAUGCGCGGCGGACCCAUUAGCACGCGGCGCCUGCCGCCUCCGCCCGCCGCGGAGCCCUGGCGCGAUAUAGAGCGGCUGCUUGAUGCUGACAGAGAGGACGGCGAGUGGAGCGGCAGCGGGUGCAAAGUGACGGUGGUGGUGUUCCGCGACGGCGAACGGGUCAACAUGUUGCGCGUCAGGGAGAACCACGACGGCACCUACUCGCCCGUCGACCACAGCAAAUACUCGUCGUCGCUGACGCACCUGGUGGAGCAGGAGUCGGAGCCGGGGGGGUUGUCCGGGACGGGUGUGGGUGCGGGGGAGGAGGGCGCCGGCUCGCUGCGGGAGAACGCCGUCACCAUGGGCAAGAUGCUCGAGCUGCGGCGCCGCAUGGAGAGCCUCUCGCUCGCCAGGCCGGACCUCCACGCCAGGACAGACAAAGUGGAAAUCCAGAAGACUAGAAGCGAGGAAACGCUAUCCGUCCCUAGUUUAUUAGACGACUGCGCCGACCCGUUCAAAUUGCGCACUUACGCGCCCUACAGCGAGGCGGAGGACUCUUUCGCGCCGCUGUACGACGGCAACUACACCAGAUACGACUACGAUUGCACCUAUCCGGAUAGAUACACCCUCCUACCGCCGAUAGGCACCAGGGCAGACUCCAAUCAGUCAGUGCAGGAGGCUGUAGACAGCGAGAGGUUGAAACUGUCUGAUGCGUUAGCCGGGUCGAUAUUGGUCAAGGGAAGACGAGAGAGGGACGAGGAGGCCGCCAUUUUGGAGGAGUGCUUGGAUAGUGAGGAGUGUCGACUGAGGAGGGACUCGCCGCCGCUGGUCGCGAAGAAUCUGGCGCCUAUAUCCGCUGCGGAGUACGCGGGCGCGUGCGUGUGGCGCUGCCCGUGCGCGCACUCGCAGUCGUCGUCGGCGCUGCACGCGCGCCGCGCGCCCCCCGCGCCGCGCCGCCCGCACGCGCCGCACGCGCCGCACGCGCCGCACGCGCACACACAGCGCCUCGCCGACGCGCUCUUCUCCUCCUCCACCUCCGACCUCGAGAACCUCAAGCGGAACAGCAGCAGGAUCUUGCCGGCGCUUAGCAGACACCGCAACCGCGAACAUCUCCACCUCAGCGACGAGGGGCUCGACCUCGCGCGCACGCGCCGCCGCGCCGAGCGCAGACCCCGCGACAAAGACCCCGCCGCCGACGUGGCGCCCACAGACGCAGACUCCACGCCGCCCGACAGCGCCUCCCCCACCACCACUAGCAGCACGCCCGCGCCAGCCGACACGACCACCAGUACCACCAGUACCAGUGCAAGCUCCCAGACUGCCAGCACAGAAACAGCCAGCGCGGGACCCUCCACGGCGGCGGAGUCGAGCGGCGGCGCCACGCCCGCGGAGACCAAGAAGCCGCGCCUGCGCUGCGGGCUGUGCCGCAAGCGCCUGAGCAUCGCCACGGAGCACUCGUGCCGCUGCGGCGCGCGGUUCUGCGCGGCGCACCGCUACGCGGAGGUGCACGGCUGCGCGUACGACUACAAGGCGGGCGCCGCCACGCUGCUGCGGCACCACAACCCGCUCGUCACCGCGCCCAAGCUGCCCAAGAUAUAGCGCCGUCCCGUCCACACCCGCAUGCCACUACACGACUCACACUAUGCUAAGGACCGUUUUGCGAUCACUGUCACGACGCCCGGAUCCGGCCGCGGUGACAGUACGCGCGGAGCCCGACGGGGGAGCGCGAGUACGGGACACCUCGUGAGGGUUGCAAUGAGAAAACAAAGUAAAAAUGUUCCUGACGACGCUAUUAUAAGUCAUUGUUGAAAUGGUUUACUCGAAAAAUCUAUAUAGUUUGCACGUGACGUACAGCUGUAAUUCUAUAGUUAGGCGGCCGGUGCGUGUGCGCAUGCGUCCGGCGCAGUGUUGUUGGUAGUUUGAUACAGAGUAUAAUUUCCUACGGUUUGUUAUGGCGGUGUGUGAAUUAGUCCCGACGUUAUGUAGAAGUUGUAAAGUGUACGCGAAAGUCUGCACUCACUCGUUCGGUCGCGGGCGCUGGCUCGGUUUUGUGUUUAAAAAUUGACGCGAGACCCCGACGCGGUGUGAGCAGUCAAACAAAUUGUGAUAUCGUAUUUGAAAACUAAAAUUAAGAUAAAAAUGUUGAAAAUCCUCAGCCAUGUGUGUGUUUUUUUCUAAUGAAACAUUUGCGAAAAUUCUAAAAAAAAAGUUAUAUAUAUGUAAUUAUAAAAAUAAUGGCGUUUAGUUUAAUCGUCGAGGUGCUUUGUUUCGAGCUACACUUGUAUCCGUAUGGUUUCUGUACUCGGGGCGUGCGCCGGCGCUCCCCGCGUGACCCUCGGUGGCUGCUGCGACCCACGAUCGCGUCACACAUUAACUCAUUACAGUUUUACACUCGGGGUAACUGGCCUACAUAAACAGUAAUGGGGUAAAUUCUCAAAAUGACUAUUAAUGUCAAAAAACAGUAAUAUUAUUUUAGGUGUUAUAUUCUUGUAUAAGCUAACGUAAAUACAGUGAAAAUGGGAAAGUACUUUUCAUAUGAGAUGCGUCUUGCCUUACAACGAUCGUGCAGCGAGCAGUCACCGGCGCUAGCCCUGAUUAGUUGUUGUAUAUUACACUAUUUACAAUUAGUAACACUAGUUUAAUUGAUGCUUAUACAAACACAUCAUUAAUAUUUCUUUUUUUUUUAUAUAUCUACAAAGGUGCGCAAUGUCCAGCCCACAGAUGUAUUGCAUGUUUAAAUAUAAAUAGUAAACAAUACUUGUAAGGCAGUUAUUUUUUUAAUUUUAGUUGUUGCCUAUGGUGUAAAGGAAUGUGCCUGUAUGUUUUCUAAGUUUGUUAUUAAAAAUGUAUGUUAUGUUUCUUUUGCUUUUUUGUAACAAAUUUGUGUAUGAACUGAUGGAACUUAAUUGUGACGUAGCGGUAGUUAUGUGGUGAAGAAAUAACAUUUAGUCAUAUCUAGAGCCAUUCGCAACAUGAAUUUUAAAUCUUAUUGUUUUUCAUUAAACUUUGUGUUGUAUGGUGUAUGUAUUUCAAUUAUUAUUAAAAUGUGCAGUUUGAUUAUUAUAGGGCGAAUGAAUGUUAACUUAAGGCCUAAAUUGAUGUUUUAGCAUAAUAGCACUAGACUCGGCUGUGUGACAAUUAUAAAAAAAAGCUUUAUAAGUAUGAAAAAAAUGUGCUCCUUAGACAUUAAUUUUACUAACGAGCCUAAAAAUUUAAUUUAGCUACGUAAUUAUAAAUAUGCCGUUAUUAAUAUUAAACGUCGGUCUAAUUAUAAAAACAUCUUAUUUCUAAUAUGCCAACUUCUGCUUUGAAACUAUUGUUUUGUAAUUCUAUUUUUCGUUUGCUAUACUUAUCUGUUAUGUGUUUAUUACUAUUUCUAUGAAUGAUUGAUAUAUCUGAUAAUGGAUUUAUUAUUUAUGACAGCGUAAUACAAUCUUUAUUUUUUCUUUUCCGACAGUUUUGGAGGUAUGAAAUUUUGUAAUUAGACCAAUGAUAUUUAUUUCAUUCAUUACAAUGAAGCUAUUAAAAUGUGCUGAUGUAAAAAUAUGCACAUAGUCAAAGCUGCGUGGAUCUUUUUGUGUGAAAAAAGCACGAUAUUUGACGAUGGGGUACCCUCACUUGCCCCACGCGUGGGGUGAGGUGUGGGCCCGUGUGCGUGGGCUGGCAGUCGCCUCGUCGAUAAUCACUUUAUAUUUAAGUUUAUAUAUGUAAUUUUUAUUUGGGAGAUAAUUUUGGCCUAUUUUUGAAAAUAAAUAUUUAUAAUGCGAAAGCUAA